UUACUUCUUCUUAGUGCUGACUAUGUGCAUGCUCUACUCUGGGAUGUUCCAACAGACCAAUUUCUUUCUGCAUUUGAUCCACAGAUGAGAGAAAGGUCAGAAACAGGUUAAUGUGUAAUAUUAAUUAUCGAUCCCUUUCUCCCUAAAUAUUCUCUCUAACCUCUUCUGAAAAAGUGCGGAGAAUUUUUAGGGAGCUUUUUGACACAUAUUAGGAGUGUGACUAGAGAUUUAAGUCCGUUCUGGUAGUUGAAAUUUGGUAGGUAUUUCAGGUUUCCUUUUAUAUUUCUUUUAGUUAGUUGGAGAAAUUGUUAGUAUUGCUUUAGUGAAAGGUAUUGAGGUUUUAAGAUUGUACAUGGGAUUUUAUUUCUCCUAUGGAUAGCUGAAGUAUGCAUUUUUUUUUAAUUAUAAUAUUUCAGACCAAUGCCACUGUUAUGUAACAAAAUGGUCCUAAGGCAAGCAAAAUAUAAUCAACGAGAUGGUUCUCCUAAUAAAUUAUCUCAUAUUUUUCUAACUGUAUAAUAUCAGGUAAAGACACUGUGGGCAUUAUUAAUUUUUCAUGCACCCCUUCAAUUCAGUUUUACAAGGGCUUAAUUUUUUGCAGGAUUUUUUGCUAUGAUGGUUUCACCGAUCCUUUAGGGUGGAAUCUUGAAUGGUAAGCUAAUAUUAGUCUGUUUUAGAAAGCUGUCUUUUUAAACUGAACGUCUAAAUGUGGUCAAGUCAUUAAAAGUGCCCCACUUAGGUUAAACACCUGUUUGGUAAAUAAAUGGUUGACUGGUUUACUCAGUUAUUUAAUUUUUUUAUUUUGAAGUUGUGUGAACACAAGUGGCCAGUAUGACUGUAAUGGUGGGAUUUCUUUUCGAAGAAAAGGAUCAGAUUUUGUUUCGUGCUUAUAGGAAAGGCUUUUGAUGAUGAAGCUAAAGGAUGCUAAGGAGAGAAAAGUAAUAGUUGAAAACUGUGUAUGUAAAUAAUUUAUCAGACAUGCUUAUUCUAUAACAAUUUUGUAAGUAUGUUUUGUGUUUUUUGCAGUGGUGACAGUGACAAACAUGUCUGUACCAUCCAUCAACACUCAAAUCUGGCUCAAAUUGUCAAGAGUAAACUGAAUAGUGAUGGUUUUGUAAGCAACUCUGGUAAGAGAACAAAUACCUCCAUUUACUUGUAUUUAUGAUCCAUAUGUACCUGUACUGUAAGAUGUAGGCUUGUUAUUGUAAAAAUAAGCCAAACAAAUAAUAGACUGCCAUUUGUUAGGAUAGAUACGUGUAAACAAAUAAGUGCUUCCACCAUGCUUCCAUUUUUGAGGUCAAAGGAGACAAAUUUUGACCUUUUAUGGUGAGGCUAGAGGCACUUAUAAAAAGGUGAUAAAUUAAAGCAACUGUUACAAUUUUUAUUUUCAAUGUAUUUUUUUCAGACAGUGUGAUAAAGGUGGCUAUUGUGAUAGAUUCCUUAAGUAAGCUGUUGCUUUGGAAACCAACAUCAGCUGUAUGCUCAUCACUGCAUCAGUUGUAUUCCAGCAGCUCAACAAACUCACAAACAGGUAUAGUGCAACUUCUGUGCACUUCAGUCUUAGGUUAUUAUCAGCUGGUUCAUUAUUGAUUUCAUUCCUGAUUUACUUGUUUGAUAAUAAUUAGUUAUUAUUUGAGCUCAAAUAAAUUAUUGUUAAAAGUUUUUUUCUUCAAAAAUAGUCCCAGGAGUUUGAUCAGCACACAAGGCCAAUUCUUAUUAAUUUUGGAGAAAUUUGGAUCUGAUUUAAGUGAACACAACUUUUUACUGUUCUCAAUCCAUCAAACGCUUCAGUUUUCGAAUAAUUUAUUCUCUGUGAUUUACCAGAUUUUGUUUUCAUUUUUUUUCUUUUCCUGUCUUCAGGUUAUCAGGUUGUACAAGUUGUUUGCUUGAUACAUUCUGAUCUCCAUAAUGAUCAGUCAUUAACUGCCGUUAACUUCCUGGCUUCAUCCAUUUUGAUGCUAACACAUGAAAAUCAACAACAAAAUACCGGUAUGUUGUCCGGUGAUCUGUUAAGGUGUCUAACCAUCCAGUAGAUUCUGGACCUUUUAAUCUGCUGGGAGACUACUGGCCUGAUGUCACCCUUUUCAUUCAGUUACAUUCUGCCGUGUAUUAAAGUGACUUGUGGCUCAUAGAAUGAAUUUCGUUUCAGAUGAAACAGUCAGUUGGUGUAGACUGUUACACAAGAGGAAAACAGGAAAAGUGUUGAAGAAGGUAUGACCUGUCAAAUGGAUUUAAUAUGAAAAUGUCUGUACUGGAGGAAGAGGAGAGAUUCGUAGUACUGUUAUUAUUACUCAAUUUCCUGAUGGAUUUUAUCUUAAUCAGCUCCACAAAAUGUUUAGUUCUCAGAACUAAUUAUUUCGGAAUUUGAUGGUACUCAAUUUCCUAAUGGAUUCCAUCUUGAUUCUUAAUUUUUGGCAUUGAUAGUGAUAAUAUAUUUAUACUGAGAAUAGAAGUAUUAAUUUAUCAUUAUCAAAUUGUUGUUGUGUUAUUUGUUAGGUUGAAAGCAUUACUAUUAACGAUGAAUAUGAAAUGACAGAACACGAAGAAAGGGAGUGGAAUGCAUCCUGUUCUGUAAAAUAUAAUGAACCAGUUGCAGAGGUAUAAGUUUAAACCCUCAAACCUGUAGUAAAAUGUUCAGUUCAUACGCACUGAAACCUACUGAUACACUGCUAUCACGUUAAUUCAGUUUUUUCAAAUGCGAGAUGAUAAAGAGAAUAUUGGUGGACAAUUCUCACAAGCUGAUUUCUAUGGUACAUACCCUUCCUCCAAGAUCCCUUGCCAUUGCUCCGACAAAGGGCCAGUUCAUAAAAAAUACCUUCAGCUGUGUAGAUGAGGGGGUGCUUGGAGUAAGUUCCAGCUGAUUUUUGACGAACUUCUAUAUUCCCCUUCCAAUUAAUUGUCUUAUUGUUGUUGUUGUUUUCAAUUUAACCCUUUAAGCCCCAUUAAGAGUGAUCAGCAUCAAAUUUCUCCUUGUGAUAUCAAUACUUUGUAAAACAGAGUGGUCAUGAGAAUUACGGACAUGAUCACACAAGAUGAAUUUGCUUGAUAUUUUAUCAACUUCUCCCCAAUACUUCUGUAGGAAAUGAAUAGGGGCAACAAAUGAGAAUUCAAAUUUUGAUCUUGGGGUUUAAAGGGUUAAGGUAGAAUUUGAUGUUAAUCAGAGCAGAAGUCACUUUCUGAAUGGGGCCUUACUUAAUGCACCCCUACAAUAUUGAAAUUUCUCCACCAACACGGCGGUCAUGUAUCUUCAACCCCCUUAUUUUCCGUUUUUUUAGAGUCUCUUUCCACCUGCACCUAAGAAAUCAGGGAAAAGGGUGUUUUUGUUUUCAGACUAAAUCAACUAAUCAUCACCUUCCUAAUUGUUCAGGUUGAUCCAACUCAGAACCUGACAUUUAAUCUCAAAUUGACUGAUGACGAACGACAAGCUCGAUCAAAUCUUCAGCUUCCCUACAUGUACCAUGAGAAGAAGACAAGUGAGGUUACAGUACACCCCUCAGGGGAGGGGAAGGUAUUCUACCAACCUGAUGAAGCAGAUGAUUUUGAUGAUGAGGAUCCUGAUGAUGAUUUGGACAUUUAA